CUUCCAGGCCUGGCCCUGAAGCCCUGCUCCAGGUUUGAGUCUACUUCCUCUAACAGCGCCUACCCGCUUCAGCCCAAGACCCCCUCCGCACUCCCGCCCGCGCUCACGUUCCCCUCGUGGGCCCGCCCCUUCAGGGGCGGAGCUGCGCCAGGUGCGGCCCCGGGGCGUGGCCGGGUUCCGGGAGCGCAGGUGCGGCUUCCGCGUCAAGAUGGCUGCGGCCUGUCGGUCUGAGGCUGGCCUCCUUCCCGGCCUCCUCUGCCGCCGGCCCGCCGGGGCCCAGCUGCUGCGCGUUGCCCUGUGUCUCCUGUGCUGGGUCCCGGCGGCUGUGGACGCAGUCCCGGAGCUCGGGCUUUGGACGAGGACGGUCAAUGACAAAUCAGGACCUUUGGUAUUCAGGAAAACUAUGUUUAACUCUACUGAGAUCAAGUUUUCUGUGAAGUCGUUCAGUUGUUCUGGACCUGUGAAGUUUACCAUAGAGUGGCAUUUGAAGUAUCAUACCUGUCACAAUGAUUACCCUGAUCUGGAGGAGGAGCUGUCCCAAAGACAUGACCUUCAUGCUGAUCGAGAUGUCUGUGCUUACUUCAAAAACAUUGACUGUUGGACAACAAAAAGUGAAAACUUGGAUUGCAGCAGUGACUCACAGGCAUUUCCGUCAUUAAAUAAUAAAGAACUAACAGGUAUCAGAAACAUUUCAAGCCAGGAAGGAUCAACGGAUGUUGUAGCCAAGACCCAGAAAGAUGGCUUCCAUAUCUUCGUUGUUUCUAUUAAAACGGAGAAAACAGAUGCAGUCUGGGAUUUAAAUGUUUCUCUUUCUAUGGUGGGUCCUCAUGGGUACAUCUCUGCAUCAGACUGGCCUCUCAUGAUUUUUUACAUGGUGAUGUGUAUUGUUUACAUAUUAUAUGGUGUACUCUGGCUGCUGUGGUCUGCCUGUUACUGGAAAGAUAUAUUAAGAAUCCAGUUCUGGAUUGCAGCUGUCAUUUUCCUAGGAAUGCUUGAAAAGGCAGUUUUUUAUAGUGAAUACCAAAACAUCAACAGCACUGGACUGUCAACUCAAGGUUUACUGAUAUUUGCAGAGUUGAUAUCUGCAGUUAAGAGGACAUUGGCUCGCCUGCUUGUGAUCAUUGUGAGCUUGGGUUAUGGCAUUGUGAAGCCUCGCUUAGGAACAGUGAUGCACCGGGUGAUUGGACUGGGACUGCUUUACUUGAUCUUUGCAGCCAUUGAAGGCGUCAUGAGAGUCAUCGGGGGUUCUAAACAUUUAGCUGUUGUUUUGACUGACAUUGUUUUAGCAGUUAUUGACUCCAUUUUUGUGUGGUUCAUUUUUAUAAGUUUGGCACAGACUAUGAAGACUCUAAGGCUAAGAAAGAACACAGUGAAAUUUUCAUUGUAUAGGCAUUUUACAAAUACACUCAUCUUUGCAGUGCUGGCUUCUAUAGUGUUUAUGGUGUGGACAACAAAGACCUUCAGGAUCGCAAAAUGCCAAUCAGACUGGAUGGAGCUGUGGGUUGACGAUGCAUUUUGGAGCUUCCUCUUUUCACUCAUCCUUAUUGUGAUAAUGUUCUUAUGGAGGCCAUCAGCAAAUAAUCAGAGGUAUGCCUUCAUGCCCUUGAUAGAUGACUCUGAUGAUGAAGUUGAGGAAUUCAUGGUAACAUCUGAAAAUUUAACUGAGGGAAUAAAACUAAGAGCCUCAAAAACGGUUUCAAAUGGAACAGCUAAACCUACUUCUGAUAAUUUCGAUGAAGAUUUGAAGUGGGUGGAAGAAAACAUCCCCUCUUCGUUCACAGAUGUAGCUCUCCCAGUGUUAGUGGACUCAGAUGAGGAAAUUAUGACCAGAUCUGAAAUAGCUGAAAAAAUGUUCUCUUCAGAAAAGAUAAUGUGAUCAGGGCCCCAGUGGGUCCAGUGUGUGCAGGAGCACAGUCAGGUGAUGGGAAAAGCCUGGCUCUCAUCAAAACUGACAGCUUCACUAUGAUACGUGUUUCCCUUUGUUGUCUUGGAUCUGUGUAUGCAGAUGAAGAAUUCAGGAGUGGGAGGGUCUGCCGCCCUCAGAAAGCCAUCUUUAAAACUAACUUAUACAGUCAGCUUCAUUGCCGUUAAGUUGCCUGAUUUGGAAACAAUUUAAGAAGUUAACAACAUGUGCUCAGACGCCUCUUAGGCGGCAGCACAGGCAGGCAGGUUGUGUGUCUCAGUUUUCUCUGGACAAACGAAUCUGUAGCUGGGCUGGUGGCACACCACUGAUAAUCGGAUCUCUGUAAAUUCAAAGCCACGCCUGGUCUACGUAGUUCUGGGACAACCAGAGAGAGCUACAUAGUGAGACCCUGCCUCAAAAAAACAAAAACCAAAAAGAAAAAGAAAAGAGAAGAAUAUCUGUGAGCAUUCCUUCCCCUCGCCUUCAAGAUAACAUGAUUCUCCUGAAUGCUAACACAGUGCUGUUCAUCUUUUGUAGUGAUAAUUUUAUUUGAUUUUUUAUACUGAAGUGACAAUAUUGGAACUUGAGCAUGCUCAUAUAUUUAAUCUUGUCCCUUUCAUUGGUGUACACAAAUCUCUUGUUUGUAAAUACCACCAUGCACUACACAUCACGGAGUCUGAGCUUGGGAACACGUGUGGGCAAAGAGAGACGUCUUGAGGGUACGUCCAAAGACUUGCAGGCCACAGGUACACGUGCUGCUGCUACUUCUGCUGUGAACCUGGCCAUGUGACUCCCCUACAGCACUUUAUCCCAGCCCGGAUGCACUGUUUCUUGUGAGCCUUGUGGAGACUUGUGAGAUACACAGACAUCUAACCUUACCAUGCAUCAACAUGUACUUAACCAGCUCUCAGCCAUACCUUACACCGUGUUGUUCAAUUAUGUUUAUAAUGUAUGAUUGAAAGUUUCUAUUCUAAUAGUUUUUGAAUAUAGAAUGUUCUAGACUUGAAAGGCACUUGAAUGUAGAGUGAAAAUGUGAACGUUUUGCCACGUUCGUGACCAAAGAUACCAGGCUGUUGGACAUGUAAUGUGGUAAUGACAGGCAGGGUCUUAUAUGCCUUCUCUCUGGAGGACUUCUGCCCUGUGAGUUAGAAUAACUUGGGAUAAUUGAGAAAACAUGAAAAUGACAAGGAAGAGCACUAUCCAUAGCCUAUGAUGAUUUUUCACUGUGGCACCACAAAACAAACGGUUUUCUUUCAAAUGCCUA